AGUCAUGGUAAUUGCUGCAGUCGAUCGUCUGCUACAAGAUUAUAACUUCGUAGAAACUCGUUGGAACGACUAGAAGCUGUCGUAAAAGACGUGAUUUUUAGGAUGACCGAUUCAGUUGGAUUUUCGUUCUAUCUUGGAGUUGAGGAUUAUUUAAAUGGUCAGUUGCGUGAUUAUCUGUGAUGGUUUUAGGCAUUGAUUGUAAAAUGCACCCGUAUAUGCAGCCUGAACCGAGUGUAUGUCAUAUGCUUAUAUUCGUGUAGUUAGGAUUAUCGAGAACAGAAGGAGUAUGGUGAUUCUGUGGAAAAUACAUAUAUUUCUCUGGGAACUUCUAUACCUUCUGUGUAAGAUCUCCUACUCGUCAGGCCAGUCAGACUCGGAGUCCAACAGCACUCGACCGAAGACGGAUAUAGAGAUAUUUUACCACAAUCUCAAUGAUUCCAAAUAUGAUAGAAGGAUACCUCCGACUGUUGGAAGCGGUAAUCCAGUGGUUUUGAAGAUGGAUUUAUUUGUUCAGAGUGUCGGCGAGAUUAAUGAAAUGCAAAUGGCUUCAGGAAAACAGCAGAUGGUCACCAUGAGCGUUUUCUUUCGGAUGCGAUGGCACGACCGGCGUCUAAAAGUCGGCCACACCACGGAGGUGGUCACGGACUACGAGCUGGCAAAUCUUAUAUGGCUACCCGAUCCGUAUUUCGUAAAUGGGGAAGGGGAGGCGAGAGGAACGAUAACUGUUCCUAAUCGAUUCUUUCGAGUCUCACCAGACGGAGACGUUUUCUACAGCCAAAGAAUUACAGUGCCUUUCGCCUGCCCGAUGAAUCUCACGUAUUUUCCUCUGGACAAGCAAACUUGCAAACUUCUGGUUGAAAGUUAUGGCCACACCACCUCCGAUAUCCUCUUCGAGACGAUGGGGAAAGGUAUCGAUGUAAGCAAGGAUAUCCAGAUCGCUCAGUUCAAGAUGACAGACUUUAAAUCUGAAGUGUCUGUCAGGAACCUCUCCACUGGAGAAUUCGCUCGUCUUGAAAUCACCUUCGAAUUCGAACGUCUCAUUGGGCAUUACAUCUUCACGGUAUACAUCUCCAGCGUCCUCAUCAUCUGUCUGUCCUGGGUGUCCUUCUGGCUCGAUGUCCACGCAGUUCCUGCCCGGAUCUCGCUCGGGGUCCUGUGUGUUCUUACGCAGACCACACAGACAAUGUCCAUUUUAAGCACAACCCCAAGAGUCUCGUAUUUCAAGGCCAUCGAUAUCUGGAUGGCGGCCUGUAUGUUCUUCACCUUUUGUGCCUUGGUCGAGUUCGCCAUAGCCAAUUCGAUGGCGCGGUAUAUGCUGGAGAGGCGUGCGAAGAGGGAAGCGGCGCAACAGGAUCUCGUGAACAGGCAGCGCACUAUUGUAAAUACGGUUUCAAAUGGCAAUUUGGCCAUGUCCGAGAGAUCACUCACAGACAACAUGUCACAGUGCCAGUCGUGUAUGAGACGGCGCUUCGUCGACCCAAGGCUCAAUGACUUUCGUGACCUCGGCCACUCCAAGAAGAAGAAGACAACGCCACUGCCAAAAGCUCAUAUUCUCGACAUGGUGUCCAGGGUUGUUUUUCCUGUUGCCUUUAUCUGUCUUAACAUUGGAUAUUGGGUCACAUUCAAGGCUCUACCUACCGGAACAGUGUCAUUUAAUUCAUAACAGGGUGAACUUUUUGAUAUACCGUAAGCCGCCAUUUGUUCGCGCCUCCUCAUUUUUGCGGUAUGCAAACUUUGGCGGUUUGCAGUAAUGAAAUAAGGAAUGGAUUUUUAUAACAAUUUUCUUAUUACUUGAAAGGCUUCUUGUUUUACUGUAUGAUGUCAUCGAUUUUAAAGCAUAUAAUCUGGAAUUUCAUGUCUGUUUGAAAUUUGUACUCUAUUUUGAAUAUUCAAAUUUGAUGGUACAUGUAGCAUGUCACUUAAUAUAAAAAAAGAUAAGUCAUUCAGGCUAGUAUUCAUAACGGUUUAUUGACGAUUUUUUUC